UGUCGAAACAGACAUACACCGUAAUACUCCGUCGCAUUCACACCCAGCGGGCCAAUAUACGCCUAGAUAUUCUCUUCUUUAUCAGAUUGAUCUUUCAGCCUAGUUCUAAUUUGGUCCGGCUCGCUCCAUUGGUCUCCAAAUGCCGGCUUCCGUAGAUCGCAGCCGCCGCCGUGCCCAGUCGGUCGAGGAAGAUGGUGCAACAUCAUCUUCUCAGAGCUCCGAUCACGAUUCUUCAGGAGCCGAGUCUGACUUCCUGGAUAACCCUGGCUCUCGCAAGAGACGGCGAACAUCGCCGCCCAGCGUUACCAAUUUCCUAGACGACGAUGAAGAAGACGAGGACGAGGAGGACGAGGACGAGGACGAGACGGAGGUUCGACCAACCUUGUCGACAAUCCAGGUCCCUUCCCGUGUGAACAGGAAACAAGCUGCCCGACAAACUUCGGAACCACCCUCCUCCAAAACCCAGACUCAGAACGAGACGACCCAAGCCUCCCGCCCUACUCCCGUCACCGCACCCACCGAUCCCAACACCAGCUUCGCCUCCCUGAACGUCCGGCCAUGGCUCGUCCAAUCCCUCGCCAACAUGGCCAUCAAGCGGCCCACCGGCAUUCAGAAGGGCUGUAUCCCCGAAAUCUUGAAGGGCCGGGACUGCAUCGGCGGCAGCCGUACCGGUUCCGGUAAAACAGUAGCCUUCGCCGUGCCCAUUCUCCAGAAAUGGUCCGAGGACCCGUCCGCCAUCUUCGGCCUCGUCCUGACCCCGACCCGCGAGCUCGCCCUCCAGCUCUUCGAGCAGUUCAAGGCCAUAGGAUCUCCCCAAGGCAUCAAGGUCAUACUCAUCACCGGCGGCACCGACAUGCGGCCCCAGGCCAUCGCCCUCGCCCAGCGUCCCCACGUCGUCAUCGCCACCCCGGGUCGGCUGGCAGACCACGUUCGGACCUCGGGCGAGGACACCAUCUGCGGCCUCCGCCGCGUUCGCUUCGUCGUCCUCGACGAGGCCGACCGCCUCCUCGACGCAUGGGGGUCCGGCAGCAUGCUCCCGGCCGUCGAGGAAUGCCUCGCCGCCCUACCCCCGCCGCAGCAGCGCCAGACCCUCCUCUUCACCGCCACCAUCACCCCCGAAGUCCGCGCCCUCAGGGACAUGCCCCCCAAGCCGGGGAAACCCCCCGUCUUCGUCUGCGAGGUCGACACCCAGGCCCUCGCCAUCCCGGCCACCCUCGCCCAGCACCACCUCCAGGUCCCCGUCACCCACCGCGAGCACUACCUCCACGCCCUGCUCCUGACCGCCCGCAACGCCGACCGCGCCGCCAUCAUCUUCUGCAACCGCGCCUCCACCGCCGAGUUCCUCCACCACCUCCUGCGCCUCCUCGACCACCGCGUCACCGCCCUGCACUCGCGCCUGCCCCAGCGCCAGCGCACCGACAACCUCGCCCGCUUCCGCGCCGCCGCCGCCCGCAUCCUCGUCGCCACCGACGUCGCCUCCCGCGGCCUCGACAUCCCCGAGGUCGCCCUCGUCAUCAACUACGACGUGCCCCGCGACCCGGACGACUACAUCCACCGCGUCGGCCGUACCGCGCGUGCCGGCCGCCCCGGCGAGGCCGUCACCUUUGUCGGCCAGCGCGACGUCGAGCUGGUGCUGGCCAUCGAGCGCCGCGUCGGCCGCGAGAUGGAGGCGUGGACCGAGGAGGGCGUCAACCUCGAGACCCGCGUCGUGCGGGACCUGCUGAAGGUCGUCACCGAGAAGAAGCGGGAGGCGUUGUUGGAGGUUGAGGAGGAUAGGGAAGUUGGUGGGAAGCGGAAGAGGACGAAAGUGAAGCUCAGGGCCGUUUAGCCGUCAUUGCAUAAUGAGUGAGGAGCGAGGAAGCGGCGGUAAGGGGUGGUUGUGGGACGCUACGUGAAAAUAUACGAUAUCACUCUUGGUAGAGCUGAAGUACCCCCUAUGUAUCAAUGCCAGUCUUCGCCUCAACUGUACAAAUGUGAACGGGCGUUUCAUGUCUCAUGUCUCAUGUAGGCCGAUCGGAGUAUCGUGCUCGUUCCCUUUCGAAGCUUGGGAACCUUCUAGUUGCCCCUGAGAUUUUGAUACCUGACAC